AACUCAUGCUAACGGCUCUAUAAAGAGAGGUAACAGGGACAACGCUACAUACUCGGUCUCUCUGAGAACUGGUAUUGGAGUCCAGCUCAAAGACAUCAAGGUUUUCAACAAAGCUCGGCAGCAAGGAACAAACGUGUGCAAAGACAAAAACGGCGGGUGUGAGCAGCUCUGUCUCUACCGCGGCAACGGGCAGCGUACGUGUGCCUGCGCUCAUGGCAUGCUGGCGGAAGAUGGCUGCGGCUGCCGCGACUACGACGGCUACCUGCUGUACUCAGAACGCACCAUACUCAAGAGCGUCCACCUGUCGGACGAAAACAACCUGAACGCGCCCAUAAGGCCGUUCGAGAACCCCGACCACAUGAAGAAUAUCAUCGCACUCACGUUUGACUACAGAGGAGGUGGAGGGAAAGGAGCCAACCGCAUCUUCUUCAGCGACAUCCACUUUGGAAACAUCCAGCAGAUCAGUGAUGAUGGAUCCAACCUCAAAACCAUAGUAGAGAAUGUUGGCUCGGUGGAGGGUUUGGCGUACCACAGGGGCUGGGAUAUGUUAUACUGGACCAGCUACACCACCUCAACCAUCACCCGCCACACUGUGGAUCAGAGCCGCUGGGGGGCCGUGGACAGGAACACCGUGGUUACAAUGUCUGGAGACGAUCACCCGAGAGCCUUUGUUCUUGAUGAGUGUCAGAGCCUGAUGUUCUGGACCAACUGGAACGAGCAGUCUCCCAGCAUCAUGCGCGCCACUCUGGCUGGUGCCAACGUCCUCGUGAUCAUCGGCUCGGACAUCAGAACCCCUAACGGCCUGGCCAUAGACCACCGGGCUGAGAAGCUCUACUUCUCUGAUGCCACACUCGACAAGAUCGAGCGCUGCGAGUACGACGGCAGUCGGCGAUACGUGGUGCUGAAGAAUGAGCCGGUCCACCCGUUUGGCCUGGCGGUGUACGGAGACUACAUCUUCUGGACUGACUGGGUCAGGAGGGCGGUGCUUCGUGCCGAUAAAUACACAGGGGGAGAAAUGAAGGUGUUGCGGGCUGACAUCCCUCAGCAGCCAAUGGGCAUCGUCGCUGUGGCCAACGACACGAACAGCUGUGAGUUCUCUCUGUGUCGCGUCAACAAUGGAGGAUGUCAGGACCUGUGUCUGCUGACCUCUGAGGGAAGGGUUACCUGCAGUUGUCGUGGUGACCGGAAGCUUUUGGAAGACAACACCUGCACUGGUGCCAACACCACCUGCAACAGCAUCGAUGAGUUUGAGUGUGGAAAUGGAGACUGCAUCAACUACACACUGACUUGUGACGCCAAGGCCCACUGUAAGGACAAGUCUGAUGAGAAGCAGUCCUACUGCGCCAACCGUGUGUGUAAGAAGGGCUACAGACGCUGUGUGAACGGGCGCUGUGUGGCACAUAGCUCCUGGUGCAACGGGCAGGACAACUGUGGAGACAAUUCUGAUGAAGUUUUCUGUAACACCACGCUGUGCUCAGCCAGUCAGUUCCAGUGUCGAGACGGAGGCUGCAUCUCCAACUCCAGCAAGUGUAACCAGAAGGUGGACUGCAAGGACGCCAGCGAUGAGAUGAACUGUCCGGCCACGGACUGUUCCUCCUACUUCCAUCUGGGAGUGAAGGGAGUGAUGUUUCAGAAGUGUGAGUUCACCACACUCUGCUACGCACCCUCGUGGCAGUGCGACGGAGCCAACGACUGCGGAGACUUCUCCGAUGAAAAAAACUGCGCGGGAGUCUGGAGAACGAAGUGCCCCACGCCUUUCUUUGCCUGUCCCAGCGGGCGCUGCAUCCCCAUGAGCUGGACCUGCGAUAAGGAAAACGACUGCGAGAACGGUGCUGAUGAAGCUCACUGCGAUAAGUCCUGCUCAGCCACCCAGUUUGAGUGUGGAAACCACCGCUGCAUUUCCAGUCGCUGGGUGUGUGACGGGGCUGACGACUGCGGCGACGGCUCCGACGAGGACAGCAAGUGCAACAAUAAAACCUGCAGUCCCGAUGCGUUCCAGUGUCCUGGAUCGCACGUGUGCAUUCCUCAGCUCUGGAAGUGCGACGGCGACAAAGACUGCGCCGAUGGAGCCGAUGAGAGCGUUAAAUCUGGCUGUGUGUUCAACGACACAUGCAGCAGAGACGAGUUCAUGUGCCAGAACAGAAAGUGUAUUCCCAGGCACUUUGUGUGUGACCACGACAAGGACUGCAGCGACGGCUCCGAUGAAUCCCAGGAGUGUCUGUAUAAAACGUGCGGACCCAACCACUUCCGCUGCGACAACGGACGAUGUCUCUUGCACAAGUCUUGGGAGUGCGAUGGAGAGUUCGACUGCCACGAUCACUCAGAUGAAGCACCAAUAAACCCUCGAUGCAGCAGCUCAGAAAACCAGUGCAACGACACGAUGUACAGCUGCAUCAACGGAAACUGCAUCAACGAGACGCUGCUCUGUGACGGUCACGACGACUGCGGCGAUGGCUCUGAUGAGCUGAACUGCCUCAUUAACGAGUGUCUGAAUAAAAAACUGAGCGGCUGCUCUCAGCUGUGUGAAGACCUGAAAAUAGGCUUUAAGUGCAGAUGCAACCCUGGCUUCCGUCUGAAAGACGAUGGGAAGACGUGCGUGGACGUAGACGAAUGCACGACCACUUACCCCUGCACGCAGCGCUGCAUCAACACACACGGCAGCUUCCACUGUCUGUGUGUGGAGGGCUUCCUGCCCAGUCCUGCAAACCCAAACAUAUGCAAAUCGACUUCAGAUGAAGAGCCAUUCCUCAUCUUUGCCAACCGCUAUUACCUGAGGAAGCUCAACUUGGACGGCUCCAACUACACUCUGCUCAAACAGGGAUUAAACAACGCCGUCGCUCUGGACUUUGACUACCGGCAGCAGAUGAUUUAUUGGACCGAUGUGAACACACAGGGCAGUAUGAUACGACGGAUGCACAUCAAUGGCAGCAAUGUUCAGGUCCUUCACCGCACAUUACUCAGCAACCCUGAUGGUCUGGCAGUGGACUGGGUGGGAGGAAACCUGUACUGGUGCGAUAAGGGACGAGACACUAUUGAGGUGUCAAAGCUGAACGGAGCGUACCGGACCGUUCUCGUCAACAGCGGUCUGAAGGAGCCACGUGCCGUCGCUGUGGAUGUGCGCUACGGGUAUUUGUACUGGUCCGAUUGGGGUGACAACCCCCACAUCGGGAGGAUCGGGAUGGACGGUACAAACAGGAGUGUUGUUGUACAGGAUAAGAUCACCUGGCCCAAUGGACUGACCCUGGACUUCGUAAAUGACCGGGUCUACUGGGCCGACGCUCGAGAGGACUACAUUGCGUUUGUCAGCAUGGAUGGAACCAACAGACACACGGUCCUGAUUGAGGACAUUCCACACAUCUUUGCCAUGACUCUGUUUGAGGAGUACAUCUACUGGACAGACUGGGAGACUAAGUCCAUCAACAGGGCUCAUAAAACACUGGGAACCAACAAGUCCAUGCUGAUCAGCACCCUGCACAGACCAAUGGACAUCCAUGUGUACCAUCCAUACCGGCAGCCUGAAGUGUCGGGCCAUCCAUGCCAGACAAACAACGGAGGCUGCAGCAACCUGUGUUUACUCUCACCUGAAGGGGGCUUUAAGUGUGCAUGCCCCACUAACUUCUACUUGGCACCUGAUGGCAGACAGUGUUUGUCCAACUGCACCGCAAGCCAGUUUGUUUGCAAAAAUGACAAGUGCAUUCCGUUUUGGUGGAAAUGCGACACGGAGGACGACUGUGGGGACCGCUCAGACGAGCCCACAGACUGCCCUGAGUUUAAGUGUAAACCGGGUCAGUUCCAGUGUGGCACCGGCAUCUGUACCAACCCUGCCUACAUCUGUGAUGGAGACAAUGACUGCCAGGACAACUCAGAUGAAGCCAACUGUGAUAUCCAUGUGUGCUUGCCAAGUCAGUUCAAAUGUUCCCACCCAAACCGCUGCAUCCCCGGCAUUUUCCGCUGCAACGGGCAGGACAACUGUGGAGAUGGAGAGGAUGAGAAAGACUGCCCCGAGGUCACGUGCGCUCCGAACCAGUUCCAGUGUGCCAUGAGUAAGCGCUGCAUCCCGCGGGUGUGGGUGUGUGACCGGGACAACGACUGCAUGGACGGUUCUGACGAGCCUGCAAACUGCACUCAGAUGACGUGCGGCGUGGACGAGUUCCGCUGUAAAGACUCGGGACGCUGCAUCCCAGCUCUCUGGAAGUGCGACGGCGAAUCGGACUGUGGCGACGACUCAGACGAACCCAAGGAGGAGUGUGAUGAGCGGACGUGCGAGCCGUACCAGUUCCGGUGCAAAAACAACCGCUGUGUACCCGGCCGGUGGCACUGUGACUACGAUAAUGACUGUGGGGACAACUCAGAUGAGGAAGAGUGUGCGCCUCGAAAGUGUUCAGAGAGCGAGUUUUCCUGCACAAAUGGCCGCUGCAUUGCCGGGCGCUGGAAGUGCGACGGGGACCACGAUUGUGCUGACGGCUCCGAUGAGAUUGGCUGUGAUGUGAAAUGCGACAGCCAUCAGUUCCAGUGCAAAAAUGGCCACUGCAUCACCAUCCUCUGGCGCUGCGACGCAGACGUCGACUGCAUGGACGGCAGCGAUGAGGAGAACUGUGACCGUGUGGGCAGACACUGUCUCCAGCACGAGUUCCAGUGCAACAACUCGCUUUGCAAACCGCUGCGCUGGAUGUGCGACGGCGAGGACGACUGUGGAGACAAUUCAGACGAGAACCCGGAGGAGUGCGGUAAAUUCCAGUGUCCACAUACGAGGCAGUUCCGCUGUUACAAUGACAGGGUGUGUCUGCCGCUGUCCAAACGCUGUGACGGUGUGGAUGACUGCGGAGACCAGAGCGAUGAGCUUUACUGCCCAACACUUCCUUUCCCACCGGUUUGUCAAAAGAACGAGCUCCAGUGCUUCAACGGUCGCUGCAUCAACUCCGAUCUGUUCUGCAACCACUUCAACGACUGUGAGGACUAUGGCUCAGAUGAAAUCAGCUGCACGAAGAAAGACUCGGGGCGCACGGAAUGCAGCCGCAACGUGACRAUGUGCGGAGACGGCGACGAAGCCCACUGCGUGGUCAAUGGCACCGUCUCCUUCUGCUCCUGCAAACCAGGCUUCCAGCCCAACGGGCGGAACAGAUGCGAGGAUAAGAACGAGUGUAAGCAGUUUGGAAUGUGCUCCCACAUCUGCAACAACACAAAGGGUUCCUACAAGUGCAGCUGCCACAAGUAUUUCAGCAGAAUAAAUAACACCUGCAAGGCCGAUGCUCAGGGACACGUGCUGUACAUCGGCGACGACAACGAGAUCCGCAGUCUGGACCCCUCCAUGCCCGGUUGGCGCUACGAGCAGAUCUUCCACGGCGACGCCAACGUGCGCAUCGACGCCAUGGACCUGCACGUGAAGACGAACCGGCUUUACUGGACCAACUGGCACACGGGCCGCAUCUCCUCCUACGAUUUGCCCGCCUCCUCCUCCUCCUCACAGAGCAGUAACCGUAACGGGCGCCAGGGAGACUCCCGGGUGGUUAACCUAGAGAUUCCAGAUCUGAAGAUGCCCCGGGGCAUUGCUGUGGACUGGGUGGCAGGGAACUUGUACUGGACUGACUCUGGGCGAGACGUCAUCGAGGUGGCCCAGAUAAACGGUGGACGCCACUGCAAAACUCUGAUCUCCGGCAUGAUUGAUGAGCCUUACGCUCUCGUAGUGGACCCCCCGAGAGGGAAAAUGUACUGGGCGGACUGGGGCAACCACCCCAAGAUUGAAACCGCUGCUAUGGAUGGAACCAUGAGAGAGACGCUGGUGGAAGACAACAUCGAGUGGCCGACAGGUCUGACAGUGGACUACUACAACGAGCGUCUGUACUGGGCCGACGCUAAACUCUCCCUCAUCAGCAGUGUGAGGCUGGACGGCAGCGAUGCAGUUGUUGCUGUAAACACGUUGAAAAACAAGCUUGAGCAUCCAUUCAGCAUCGAUAUCUUUGAGGAUACCAUCUACGGUGUCACCUACAGGAACAAUCAGGUCUUCAGAGUAAAUAAAUUCGGUAAAGGCCCCGUGGAGAACCUGGCAACCGGAAUGAACCACGCCUCAGAUCUGGUUCUGCAGCACCGAUACAAACAACCUGAGAUGACUAACCCCUGUGACAGGAAGAAAUGUGAAUGGUUAUGUCUGCUGAGUCCCAGCGGGCCCGUCUGCACCUGUCCCAAUGGACGCACGCUGGACAACGGCACCUGCGUGGAGCUGCCGACUCCCACGUCGUCCCCCGUCUCUCCUCCCAGCGGGCCCUGCUCCCUCCAGUGCAUGAACGGUGGCAGCUGUUUCCUGAACGCCCGCAAGCAGCCCAAGUGUCGCUGCCAGCCGAAUUACAGAGGGGAUCGGUGCGAGAUCGAUCAGUGCAAAGACUACUGCAGGAACGGAGGGAUAUGCACACCUUCUCCUACAGGUUCUCCUACCUGCCGAUGCCUGACGGGCUUCACGGGGCCGACAUGUAACCUGCACACCUGUAAGGAUUACUGCAAGAACGGAGGCAACUGUACCGUCAGCUCAGGAAACCAGCCGACGUGUCGCUGCCCCCCGGACUUCCUCGGGGACAAGUGCCAGUACAGAAGCUGUGAAGGCCACUGUCUGAACGAUGGCACGUGUCUGCAGAGCGAAAAGGGCACCAAGCUGUGCCGUUGCCUGCCUCAGUACAUGGGCGCCACGUGUGAGAUAGACAAGUGUCACUUUUGUCGAGACGGCGAAUGUCUUCCCGCCGACGGUUUUACAUCUACGGAAUUCAAAUGCCGCUGCAAAAACGGCAGAAUCCAGCCCAGCUGUUACACAUGUGAUACAAAUGAGUACUGUGCAAACGGCCACUGCACUUUGAACCCUAACACUCGUCUUCCAGAGUGCAGAUGUACCCCAGGCUGGGCGGGGUAUCGCUGCGAGUCUGUGGCCGACAGCAWUGAGGACCGAAGCCCAAGUGGACGCACGGCCUCCAUUGUUGCCGGAGUGUUGAUCCUGUUGAUUCUGAUUCUCCUGGCUGUAGGAGCCGUGUUGUGGUACCGGAGAAGAAUGAGAGGGUCUAGCCGGCCAGGAAAAACCGGCUCUAAACGCUUGCGAGCCAAGGGCUUCCAGCACCAACGGAUGACCAACGGGGCCAUGAAUGUAGAGAUUGGAAACCCUGCGUAUAAGAUCUACGAGGGCGAGCCUGAUGACGACGCUGGGGAGCUGCUGGACGCARACUUCACUUUGGACCCAGACAAGCCCACCAACUUCACAAACCCCGUCUACGCCACUCUGUACAUGGGAGCUCACAACAGUCGCAACUCUCUGGCGAGCACAGACGAGAAGAAGGAGCUGCUGUCACGUGGAGACGAAGAGCCCCUCGUAGACCCUCUGGCCUAGACUGACCAUCAGCUGGAUCAGAAUAUUCCAAAACACUCCCCACUUCUUGCCUUUUUGAAGAAAAGCUAAACAACAACAAAAUCAAGAGCGUGAUGAAUUGCUAAGGUGUGAACACUGUAAAAAGCAAAAAUGUACAAAAAUGAAGGACUACUUUUGUAUGUGAUUGCAGUAUUAUAUUUUGUUCUUUAGAGAUUCCUCUGGUCAAAAAAAAAAUUUUCUAUGAGAGAUUUUUAAUUUACACUUUCUCCUGUACCCUUUACCUAAAUAGCCACUACCUCUGUAAAAAAAAAAAAAAAGAAAAAAAGAAAACAAACAUGAAUGGAAAAAAAAAUCAAACCGAAAAAGAUGCUAUCAGUGAAGCGAUUUCAAUUUUUUAUUUUUGUAUGGAUUGUACAGAUGAGAAAAUYGACCAUUUGUUCCAUUUCACCAGUGCCAACUGUUUGCUUGUGUGGACUUUGAGUGGGAAAAGCAAAUUCAGUUUUCUUUAACAAAAAAAAGAAAGAAAUCGUAUCGGUACGUACGUGAUUUGACGGGUUUCUCAGCGAAUCUGUGUGAGAAAGAUCUGUGAGAGCACCGUUUGUGUAUAGCACAUGUAAAAAGAGGAAAAAGAACAAAAUGUUGAUACCAGAUGGAAACUACUUUUUUUUCCCACAAUUUUUCCUCAGAACAAUGUUCAUAUAAUGAUUGUGUUGUCUUCCUUGCACAGAAUCUCACAUUUGACAGUAUUAUGUGUUCUGUGAGGGUUUUUUUUACCGUCGGAUGUAAAGAAGAUAUGAUUGUUUUUUUGUCUUAAAAGUCGAGCUCAUGUUGAAAUGUGAUUGUUGUUGUUGGGAGGAUGGAUUCAACAUUCCACAGAAGAGAGGUUACAGAUGUUAGAGAUGAAAAGUAUCCUGUUUGAACUAUUUGUUACCAAGGUCUUCCUCCAGAAGCAAAGAAAGGCUGCUGUUCGGUUAAAGCGUGAGGAUUAAGAUGAUUUAGCUGGAUCUAUCGUUCUUUUUCUUGUUUUUUUUUUUUUUCUUUUAAAGACCGAAUAAUGCAUCUGGCUUUGUGAAUAAAUGUAUCUUUCUGCCUUUAGAGAAUCAAAGUCUGUACCUUCACAGUCUUGUUCUGCCUCAGUCUGAAGUGCAUUAUGUUCCUCCUGUCGUUCAGCGCCAUCAGAUCCGUCGUUCCUCUGUGCCCURCUGCUGCUAACGCCACCGUCCGGUCGCUCUGACCCUUCCUUACGCUCAGCCUCUGUCCUCAAAAUGCUGCUUCUGUCAAAAACAACCGCAUCAGCCAUGAUCUCUCUACUGCAUGUGUACAGUAACACAAGUCUUCGAUGUAACGACGAGUUCUUACUUUGCUUUCCUGUUUCCUGUCCAGUGUUCGAUUAUGCCGUUGUGUACGUUUUGUCUUAAAAAUCGAACGAGAAGUACAAUCAUUUUACCUAAAGGACACUUUUUUGGAGAAUCAUACAUGCAUUUCCAGACUUUCCUUUUGGAUUUUGUUUUUUGAUGAAAAUUGACACAUAGCUUUUAUAGAACACGAUGCAUGGUGACUCGAGACUUUCUUCUGGAAAGAGAAGAAUGUUGAGUUUUUUUGCUGGAGUACUUUACAAACAAAAUAACAGAUAUUGUCAUAGAUAAAUAAAAAACGUUAAAAUUG